CGGUCGCAGGGCCGGGCCGGCCGAGCGGAGCCUCGCGGGAUGGGAUCGCUCCAGCUCUGAGCCGCGCAGCCCCUGCUCCGCCAUGGGCGACCCGGCGGCCGCGCGGAGCCCCCCGGAGCCGGGCGCUUCCCCCCUGGGCGUCAUCACGGAGGGCGUGGGCGAGCUGGCGCUCAUCGACGCCGAGGUGGCGCAGCGGGCGUGCGAGGAGGUGCUGCAGAAGGUGCAGCGGCUGCACGGCUGCCAGCCCGUGCCCAACGGGCAGAGCUGCCCCGUGCGCUGCCUGGACGAGGCGCCGCGCAUCCAGGAGGAGGAGGACGAGGAGGGCUCGGCCGCGGCCAGGACGGCGCGGCGGCGCCACCAGAACCAGGCCAAGCAGUCGUGGCUGCUGCGCCUCUUCGAGUCCAAGCUCUUCGACAUCUCCAUGGCCAUCUCCUACCUGUACAACUCCAAGGAGCCCGGCGUGCAGGCCUACAUCGGCAACCGCCUCUUCUGCUUCCGCCACGAGGAGGUGGACUUCUACCUGCCGCAGCUGCUCAACAUGUACAUCCACAUGGACGAGGACGUGGGCGACGCCAUCAAGCCCUACAUCGUGCACCGCUGCCGCCAGAGCAUCGACUUCUCGCUGCAGUGCGCGCUGCUGCUGGGCGCCUACUCGUCGGACAUGCACAUCUCCACGCAGCGCCACUCGCGCGGCACCAAGCUCCGCAGGCUCAUCCUCUCCGACGAGCUGAAGCCGGCGGGCCGGAGGAGGGAGCUGGGCGCCGCCCUGGCUGGCGCCGACACGGGGCUGUCCCCCUCCAAACGGACUCACCAGAGGUCCAAGUCGGACGCCACGGUGUCCAUCAGCCUCAGCAGCAACCUGAAGCGCACGGCCAGCAACCCCAAGGUGGAGAGCGAGGAGGAGGAAUUCUCCUCGAGUACGGAAAGCCUGGAUAAAUCCCUGGCUCCCCCGGCCCGGCUGGCUCCGGAGCGGGAGUUCAUCAAGUCCCUGAUGGCCAUCGGGAAGCGCCUGGCCACGCUGCCCACCAAGGAGCAGAAGACGCAGCGCCUCAUCUCGGAGCUGUCGCUGCUCAACCACAAGCUGCCCGCGCGCGCCUGGCUGCCCACGGCCGCCUUCGAGCACCACGUGGUGCGCGUGCCGCACUCCCAGGCCGUGGUGCUCAACUCCAAGGACAAGGCUCCCUACCUGAUCUACGUGGAGGUCCUGGAGUGCGACAACUUCGACACGGCCAGCGUCCCCGCGCGCAUCCCCGAGAACCGGAUCCGCAGCACGCGCUCGGCCGAGAACCUCCCGGAGUGCGGCAUGGGCCCCGAGCACCGCGCCGGCAGCUUCAGCACCGUGCCCAACUACGACAACGACGACGAGGCCUGGUCCGUGGACGACAUCGGCGAGCUGCAGGUCGAGCUCCCCGAGAUGCACACCAACAGCUGCGACAACAUCUCCCAGUUUUCCGUGGAUUCCAUCACCAGCCAGGAGAGCCGGGAGCCCGUCUUCAUCGCGGCCGGGGACAUCCGGCGGCGUCUGUCGGAGCAGCUGGCGCACACGCCCACCGCCUUCCGCAGGGACCCCGAGGACCCCUCGGCCGUGGCCCUCAAGGAGCCCUGGCAGGAGAAAGUCAGGAGGAUCCGGGAGGCCUCUCCCUACGGGCACCUGCCCUCGUGGCGCCUCCUCUCCGUCAUCGUCAAGUGCGGCGACGACCUGCGGCAGGAGCUGCUGGCGUUCCAGGUGCUCAAGCAGCUCCAGUGGAUCUGGGAGCAGGAGCGCGUCCCGCUCUGGAUCCGGCCCUACAAGAUCCUGGUGAUCUCGGCCGACAGCGGGAUGAUCGAGCCCGUGCUCAGCGCCGUCUCCCUGCACCAGAUCAAGAAGCAGUCGCAGCUGUCGCUGCUGCAGUACCUGCGGCAGGAGCACGGCCCCAGCAACAGCGAGAGCUUCCUGUGCGCCCAGAGGAACUUCGUCAGGAGCUGUGCGGGGUACAGCCUGGUCUGCUACCUGCUGCAGGUCAAGGACAGGCACAACGGGAACAUCCUGCUGGACGCCGAGGGCCACAUCAUCCACAUCGACUUUGGGUUCAUCCUGAGCAGCUCCCCCCGGAACCUCGGCUUCGAGACCUCGGCCUUCAAACUGACCACCGAGUUCGUGGACGUGAUGGGCGGCCUGGACGGGGACAUGUUCAACUACUACAAGAUGCUGAUGCUGCAGGGGCUGAUCGCCGCCCGCAAGCACAUGGACAAGGUGGUGCAGAUCGUGGAGAUCAUGCAGCAAGGCUCGCAGCUGCCCUGCUUCCACGGCUCCUCCACCAUCCGGCACCUCAAGGAGCGUUUCCACAUGAACCUGACGGAGGAGCAGCUGCAGCUGCUGGUGGAGCAGAUGGUGGACGGCUCCAUGAGAUCCAUCACCACCAAGCUCUACGACGGCUUCCAGUACCUCACCAACGGCAUCAUGUGAAACCCCGCGGGCCCGCCCGGGCCGAAGGAACAGCAAAACAACAAAAAAAAACAACAAAAAAAAAAUUCCCCGGAAAAAAAAAUUCCCGGAAAAACAAAAAGAAAUAAUUUCCCUCCCCCCCCAGGAAGGAACGGGAGAAUUCCAAACUUCCCGGUUCUGCUCCCUGGGGAAAAGCGGCCUCGGAGCUGGGGCUGCUCCCGGGCCCGGACUCUGCUGAGAGAUGGGACAGAAUUCCAUGGAAAAACCGGGAGGAACGGCGGGAACGGGGCAGGGAUGGGGAUGGGGGCAGCUCCGCCUUUGCUCUGCUUGGGAUUCCCUGGAAUUCGCCCCCAAUCCCAUGGAAUGUGCGGGGAGGGAACGGGGAGGGGUCUCCUGAAGGCUGGGAAUCCCAAAAUCCAGAAAUUCCCGGAAUUCCCGGCCCCGCGGGGUCCUUCCCUCCUCCGGGACACCCGGGGUGGGAUUCCCGGGGGGGCUGGGACCCCCCUCCCCCUUUCCCGGGAAAUUCCAGCCGGGAAUCCGGGGCUGGAAUGUUGGACACACGAUGGGGGGGGGCUUUGGGGGCCCGGUCCCGACCCCGAAUCCCAAAUCCCGAAUCCCAAAUCAGGGAGGAUCCGGAGCUUCCCAGGGAAGGGAAAUUUCCUGGAAUUUCCCUCCCCCUCCCCCCAGGCCUGGCCUGAUGGGGACCCUUGGAGCGUCCCCAAUAUCCCCCCAUUGUCCCCCCCAUUGUCCCCGUGUCCCCUCGUGUCCUCUCCCCCUGUGUCCCCCCCGUGUCCCCAAUGUCCCCCCUUUGUGUCCCCCCUUUGUGUCCCCCCUUUGUGUCCCCCCCAAUGUCCCCUCCGUGUCCCCUGUGUCCCCCCCCACCCAUGUCCCCUCAAUGUCCUUUUUUUUUUUUUUUUUUUUUUUUUAAUUUUUAGCAUUACAAAACCCUAAAAUUUGGUUUUUUCAAGCCCCGGGGAAGGGUGAGGGGGCUCUGGGGACGGGGAGGGGACAGACGGACACGGGGAGGGGACAGGGGGCCCCCAACCCUUCCCAAGCCCCUUUUUUGGGGGGCAGGACCAAAAUUCGGGGAUGCAGCGGAGCCCUGAGCCCCUCCCCCGUCCCCAUUCCCGCUCCCGGGGUUUUCCCGGGAAUUCCGGGGGAGCCAGGCCGGGCACAGAGGGUGAAACCACUGGAGUUUAAUGGAAUCGAUUCCUACAGAAUAAAGAAUUCCUGAGAGCCUCCCGA